CAUUAAAGUGAAUAACAUCUAAGGGGGAAUGAUAAAGUGAUCAAACAUUUGCCAACAAACUGGGUGAAGAAUACAAAUAAAUAUGAUUCUCACAUUAAUGAGACCUGUUGAUGUUGUCUGUUUGCCUUUUCUGACUGACCUUGUAGUAAAUGAUUUAUGAAGAGAGGUGAAAGGGGAGCGGAGGAGGAGCAUUUCCUCUAGUUCUCUAUUUUUCAGUCAUUGGGAACAUUUUUCAUUGCUUUACUUCUUUUUAGUUUCCUUUUCCAAAGCUGAAGAAAGACAGAAAAGCUGAGCAUCAGUCAUCUGUGAAAUAUCCCAGUGACAACUCUUGUUUUUUAUUCACCUAUGGAGUCAUACAUGUUGGAUUGUUUAUUAUGUUUGCUCCCUUGCUCCUUGUUUUUCCUGCUGAGUUUGGGUCUCCGCUGGCCGGGGUUAUGCAGUUGGAUAAAUGCGGCUGUCAGGGCUGCAGGCUGGAAGCUGUGGGUCACAAUCUGUCUGAUCCUGGAGCUGAAGCCACCAGAGACGUUAUCAGGUCAGACCUCAUUUGGACCCAGGCUCAUCUGUAAACCCUCAGCACUGGCCAGGUAUCUGCUGCAGCACUGCGGCUCGCUCACAAAGGCAAAACUGGCCGACUGGCCCUGGGGAGACCCCCACCUGCAGACGGUCUCCAGCCAAAUGUAUGGAGAACAUGCAGACAGCAUCCAGUUCACCAGAGAGCACCUCCUGCUGAAGGAUGGGGGAGUCGUGGCGCUGGACUGGGUGACAGCGAAAAGGAGGUGGGAGGUGAAGAAGGAGCAGCAGUCAGGGAGGAAGGCCAUCGGGUGUUUCACCUCGACACCCCCUGUUCUCCUCCUCAUCCCUCAGUCCUGGGGAGGGACGACCCCCCACCUGCAGCGGCUCUGCCAGCAGGCCGCGCGGCAGGGCUUCUCUGUGGUCGUGUUUCACCAUCGGGGCACAGCCCGGUCGCCCCUCACCACAGCAAGAAUCUGUGAGUUUGGAGACCCGGCGGAUCUGGAGCAGGCGGUUGUGUAUGUCCGCAGUCGGCACCCGUCCUCCGUGUUGGUUGCGGUGAGUGAAGGAUCGGGCUCCGCCGUCCUGCUGUCCUAUUUGGGCGAGCGAGGUUCAAGCACCUGCCUAACAGCAGCUGCAGCCAUCUCACCUGUGUUGCUGGGGCAACUGUGGUUUGAAAGCGCCAUGCCGCCUAUUUACCGCUGGGGGGUGCUAUUUCACAGAAAAAUGCAGCUGAGCAGAUAUGUCAGUUCGCUCCGAGGAAUCCUGGAUGUGGAUCGUGCCCUCCGAUCCUCCAGCCUCAGAGAUUUUGAAGAAGCUCUUUUCUGCUCUCCCAGUGAGAAAAAUUCUCCAUCCACAGAGAGAAACCCUGCAUCUCCCUCAGCAGCGGCCUGGGCUCUGGGUGAAAGAGCUUACCCAGCAGCGGACUGGGAGAGCUACUGGGGGAGGAAUGAACCUCUGAGAGAUGCAGAUGAGGUGGCGGUCCCAGUGCUCUGCAUCUGCAGCUCUGAUGAUCCUCUCCUCCCUCCAGCCUCCACGCUCCCCGUUUCCCUUUUCCAGAGCAACCCUUACUUCCUGCUGGCGCUAACAGACAGAGGAGGGCACUGCGGUUUCGCCCUGGACGCCAACCGGCAGACGGGUGAAAGGAGGACAAAGAGUGAGGAUGAGGAUGAAGGUAUCUGGAGUCAUAUCGCAGUGCUGGAGUUCCUAAGAGUGGCGUCUGACUUCCUGAAAGAGGCAGAAAGGGAUUGGAAAAGCUGGAGAGGCCAACAGGAAGUAAACAGCGUCAAAGGACAGAAGAGCAAGAUGAACGCUGCAGCGAUGCCUCGUCGGAGGAGAGGCGCCAUGAUGAAGAGAUCCAGAGCCCAGCCAGCAGGGCAGAGCAGUGUGGACGAUGUGGACGGAGAGAGCUUCACCUGGAAGAGGUCUUUCACUCGAUAAGACAUUUUCAGAUAUUUUAUACGUUAGGUUUUCAAAACUAGAAAAAUAAAUUCUUAUCCAAAAAGGUCAGUCCAGGGUCAUGUUUGUUGAGUUUCUCCACCUCCUGUGUUGAAGACCAAUAUUUAGAACCUGAAGGGACAAACUGCUCAGUGGUGCUUCUCAGGUCUGGAGAUUUUUUGUUUCAGAACGGCAUCUCAACGCUUCGCAGUUUCACGGUGGUGAUGCCGGCAGGAUUUAGUCUGUCAAAGUGUUUCUGAAAGACAAACUACAUGUCACAAUAUGGCUUCACUCUAUUUGUAUCACACUGCAAAAGCACCAAAUCUCAUCAAGUAUUUCAGUACAGUUUAAAUAAAACAAAAGUAGCUUAAAAGUAACUAAAGGCAUUAGUUACACUAGCAGAUAACAUGUCUUAUUGUAUGUGAAAUACUUUUCAAGGAAAAUACUUCUUUUUUAUCAAUAUUAAGGAAUUAUUGACUCAAAACAAACUUUGCUACCUUCAGAAAAUAUACUUGUAUGUUAGUUUUAUCUUAUUUCAAAUGUACUAACAUAUUUGCACUAGAAACUAGAGCAUAAAAACAUGGGGAAAUUUUGUUUUUGCAGUGAAGUCAGUAUUAAUUACCCCCCAUGGAUUAAUGUUUAAAUACAACUUUACAUUUAUUAUUAGUUUAUGAGACUGAAAAUUUUCAUGAAAUACAAUUGUACAUACCCAGGUGAAAAACAUGUAAAGUCACUGGCAGUGAAAGAAAGUGCUAAAAUGUUUGACACCAAAUUUUGUCCUCUUGCUCGAGUUUCAAUCAGGAUCAAGAAAUAUAAUUUUUAUGCCAAUAUAUUAAAAACUAUAGUGAGAAAAAUAAAUAUAAGCAUGUCAUAAUAUACAAAUUCUGACAUUUAAACUGAAGUUUUUGUAAAAUGAUGCCAACAUACACACUAUGCAACAGAGAAAUAUUAAAAUUACUUUAUUACAGAUGAUUCUUUAUCCAGUAGCCCUCUUCCAACAAAAAAUAGUAAUUACAAACAAAAUAUUACAUUUAUCCCCUAAACUUUGCAUCUGAAUUACUUUUAUACAUUUUAAAUCACUUAUUUUUCAUCUGAAUGAAUAUCUAUUCUCUUCUGCUAUGCAACAUUCAGCUUUUUUUAUUUGUAAUUUUUUUUUUUGCACAAAUUAUACACUUUAAUACAGAUCUGUGGACAAGGGAGAAUAAAACAGCACGAUUCACCAAAUAUGACAGGAAGAAUAAAAGGAAUACUGAUGUACAGACUGUACAGAGAAGUGACCCGGCCUUCCACCGACUCUCCGCCAACAGCAGCUGCCCCCCGCCCCCGCUUCGGGAGGAGGAAGGGGGUCGGGGUGUCACAGUAGACUCAAAAAACUGGUCAGCUACUUGUGCAAUCAGUGCAACUGAUCCAGUUCGGAGUGACCAACGUCUAAAGCUAGACUCUGCACCCACUGCCUUGCAAAAAAAACAACAAACAAACAAAAAAAAAAUUUAUAGUAAAUACAUCUAAACCUCUGCAGGUUGUUUGGCUCUCUGCAGACAGUUUAAGGAAAAUAAAACACAAAAGAGAUGAAGAGAAGGGGAAUAAAGAAAAGCACUCAUUUAGUUUCUAAACUGAGAAACUAGCAUGUUUUGACAAAAUGGGGGGCCUAAUUUUUGUUGCUUAUUUCUAGAUGGAAGUGUAAAUGCAAGUCUCAAAGAUUUAAGCCUGAGUAAUGUCAGAGGAUCCCACAUGACCUAAAGUUUCCAAAAACUAAAUGGACUUCAGAGCCUUGUGCAUGACUUUGGAAACUACCUCAGGGUGUAGAGUGCAUUAAGUUUUGUGGCAUUUAAAUGGUUUUAGAGUCUAACGCUGUCAGUGUACAGUCUGAGCUAAAGGAGAAAAAUAUUUUAAUUAUGUGCAAAAAAUCCUCCUCAUACACUUUUGAACAAAUUGUUGCCGCUUCAACAAGGCAAUUUGACCUAAAGCUGUGUUUUCGUUCACAGCCAAAAAAAAAAAAGUGUAACAGCUGCAAAUGGGGCAGGUGAAAACUCAGCAAACACCUUUUUUUUUUUUUAAAACUACAGCAACUCUAAUGCCACAGCAUUGUGCCCUCACCGCAGGUUCAUCUCGCUUCGAUUUGUCAUCUAGAUUUUCAGGCUGUACAAUAUUCACAUGUUGACUGUACAUUCCAUCUGUAGUUUCACAAUAAGACUUGGAUCUUUUCUAAAAUUCUCUCUUUUAUAGAUUUAUAUAAACACCAGCACAUAUCCUGGUCCGUCGUUUCUUCCUCUGAGGGACGAAUUUUCCCUGCAGAUCAGCGAGCGGCCCCCGGGUUUAGGGCCCUCGAGAGACACAGGAGGGAAGGAGGCGAAGGUGGAAGGACGCAGGGAGAUCGGUGGUCAGAUCGGAGGGUGAGAGAGCGGGGUGUCACACCGGGGGAGGGGCUCUGCAGGGGCACAGCAGCGGAGAUCCCAGCAUCACCCCUCAUGGAUCCGCAAAAACAUUCAGCAGUCACCAACCGACAGGCAAGAUGGUCGUUUGUUUUAUCUCUGAGGCCUUUUUUAAAAACUUUAAAUCAGCAUUUACAUCUCCUUUAUCAAUGAAUGUGUGCCGUUUUCCCAUCAAGGAUUACAACCUUUACACUUUCUCUGUACAUGCAUCUAUGUGUGUUUGUGUGAAAUCAGAUGUAACAUUUUGAGUUGGCCAUGGCCAAAGUGCGACUCGCUAUGACUGCACCCCGCCAAACAGGCCGACAGGCUUUUACUGCAUCGUUCAGGAAAUUGUGGAGUUACUGCUAACAGGUGAAGAGCGAUCACCGGCUUUUAUUCAAGUUGUGGUUACCUACUGCUGAAACGCCAUCCCCGUCAUGAGGGACGGUGGGCUAACUACAGCGUCCGCCAGAGCGAGACUGGGUGGGUGGAGGUCCGUGGAAACCCAGGAGCUGAACCAAUCAUCGCUGCUACUACUUGGCUGUGUGGCUUAAACUGGCUGAAACUCUCUGGCACUCAACAACAAAUACAAUCCAGAGCUGGCAUGGGCAGUUGUGACCUGAACUACUCCUACAAUUGGUAUGCUAGGAGUCUGACCCAAACUCCUUAAAUAACUAGAAAUUCAUAGACAAACGAGUUAAACUUGACUGGUCAAACA